GAGUGCCGUGGGCCGAGCAGGGGCUGCAGGGGAGUGGGAGUGCAGAUUGAAAAAUGCAGACCACCAAGGUACUGCUCGUUACUCCAGUUCUGAUCCGCUCCUGUACCAGGGGUCUAAUCAGGCCUGUGUCUGCCUCCCUCUUGAGUAGACCAGAGGAGGCAUCUAAACAGGUUAAACAGCCUUCCUGCAGCAGCUCCCCUCUCCAGGUGGCCAGACGGGAAUUCCAGACCAGUGUUGUUUCCCGGGACAUUGACACAGCUGCCAAGUUUAUUGGUGCUGGGGCUGCCACUGUUGGUGUGGCUGGAUCCGGGGCUGGCAUUGGAACAGUGUUUGGUAGCUUGAUUAUUGGCUAUGCCAGGAACCCGUCUCUCAAGCAACAGCUCUUCUCCUCUGCCAUUCUGGGCUUUGCCCUGUCUGAGGCCAUGGGGCUCUUCUGUUUGAUGGUCGCCUUCCUCAUCCUCUUCGCCAUGUGAGGCUCCAUGGGGCCACCCAGCCGUCCCUGCUGCUUCGACUCCAUGCUG